AUGUCCACUCAACACCACUGGAAACACACUUGGCCGUGUGCCAAAGUCUUCGGCGAAUUUUUGUGCUCAAAACGAGAAGAAAUCGCUGAAAAGGUUGUUCUGGAAAUUGGCGCAGGAGCCACUGGAGUCGCCGGGCUCACCGCCGCGAAAUUAGGCGCUGAGAAGGUCUGGAUGACGGAUCAUCCCGAUUUGGAGACGGCAUUGACGACGCUUCAGAAGAAUAUUGAAGCUAACGGAGUCGAGGAGAAGUGCCACGUGGCGGGUCUCGAUUGGGACAGCCGGGCGUCCGUCGCCGACGUUAUCUUGAAAAUCGGCGAUCGUCUUGACAUAAUUAUCGCGUCGGACGUCUUCUUUGAUCCGGCCACGUUUCGACCGUUGGUCGACACUCUCGCCCAAUUGUUGAUAAAAUUCGAGCACGCGGUCGUUUGGUUUGCAUACCAGCUGAGAGACGACAGCUGGACUUGUGCACCUCAACUUGCCAAAUAUCGAUUUUUGAAAACAAAUCUGGUCCGAAGAAUUGAAACGGAGAAGGAGACUAUUGAUAUUUUUCAAAUGACAAACAAUUUUUUCAGCGAAUCCCUCGGAUACUACGCUGGCAUCGAAGGCGGCGCCACCGGCUCGAAGUUAGUGAUCAUCGAUGCGGAUACCAACCAACGCUACACCUCAUCAGCCCCCGGAACCAAUUUUUUCCUAACUGAUCACACUAUAAUUUGCCAACGAAUCGCUGAUUGGAUUCUGGAAGUUUUUGAAAAGGGAUCGCUGGAUAUUCAGAAACUACGCGCUGUAGGACUAGGCUUAUCCGGUGCCGAAGAUGAGGAAUUCAAUCGAAAAUUCGUAGAAGGAUUCAAGAAAAAUAACAAGGGAUUGACGGAGAAUUUUUACCUGACAUCGGACUCUGUGAUGACUUUGCUGGCCAAUUUUCCGGGCGAGGAGAAUGGAAUAGUCUUGAUUGCUGGCACCGGAUCCUCUUGUAGACUAAAAAUGAGCAAUGGAGAAGUCAAAGGAGCCGGCGGUUGGGGACACCAGAUUGGCGAUGGUGGAAGUGCAUUCUGGAUCGCAAGAGAAGCCAUUCAACUGCUUUUCGAUGCGGAAGACGGAAUGAUAGACGGCUGGGAUACGGUAGUCAUCAAGGAAUUGCUAUUCGAGCACUAUCAGAUUAACGAUAAAACUCGGAUUUUGGAUUUCUUGUAUUCGAAAUUCGAGAAGCAUCGAAUCGCGGAUUUUGCGGUUUCACUGGCGACGAGAGUUGAUGAUCCGGCGGUUGCGGAGGUGUUUCGAAGAGCUGGAGAUAUUCUUGGGAGACAUGUGAGAACAGUGGCUAAGCAUCUGUCGGAGGAGGACCGCCAAACCCUGCACAUUGUCCAAAUCGGAGGUGUCUUCCAGUCGUGGUCGGCACUCGAGACGGGAUUCGUCAAUGCGUUGAAAGGCGCGGGAAUUCAAAAAUUUGUGAUGUACGAUCCGUGUGAUUCGCCGGCGAUGGGAGCGGCGGUGCUCGCUGCCAGAGAGACACGUGGCAUUUAUUUGGAGCAGAAGGAGGAGAAAACGAAAUUGAGGGAGAUCAGUGUGGAGGAGGAUUAA